AUGAAGUUGGCCAUGACUGUCGGAAAAUGGUCGGAGCUUAAGCUUUCUGCCGGAAAAACCGGAGUCGCCGGACUGAGGCGCCAGGCUGGAAUCGUUGGGCCGUCCUUGAACAGCCGUGGAGGCUCGAACUGCGGGCUGACCGUAGUGAGGAGCCGAAAAAAUGGGGUCGCCGGCAAAAAGGGUUGCCGAAAAAACAAGAUGAGGGUAGCCGGACUGGAUGCCGUCGGCGGCCGCCGGCGGGUUUUCGGAAAAAUGGGGUGGCCGGAAAAUUGUGUCGCUGGAAAAAUGAGGUCGCCGGUGUCUUCCUUGGCAAUUGCGUUCUAG